ACGAACACAAACUACACAACAAUUGGUCAAAUUAUUUGUUGGAUUGCUUUUUCUUUUAAAGGUAGACUUUCUGUGUAUAUAUGCAUUCCACAUAUAAUUUUUAAUCAAAUAUCGUUCACUGAAAAUAAGUUAGUAUACUAUAGAUCGCCAAUCGUGAAAAAAAAACAGCUUAGUGAGUUUACGAUAAUGCUAACAAAACUGUGACAGAUGAAAAGUAUUAAGUAACCGGUCAAACAGGUUAAGAUAUAUUAUAUGUUUAUAGAAAUAUAUAAACAUGGCUCUACGCACAUAUGGUGAUAAACCUAUAAGUUUCCAAGUAGAGGAAAAUGGAGAAUAUUAUUGUAUUGGAUCUGAAGUGGGCAAUUACUUACGCCUAUUUCGAGGAUCAUUGUAUAAACGUUAUCCUGGAAUGUUCCGAAGAUCUAUUACAAAUGAUGAGCGUAAAAAAUUAGUAGAACUUGGUUUAAGUCAACAUGUACUUGCAUCCAGUGUGUCUCUUUUGAGAGCUAGUGAAGUAGAAGAUAUUAUAGAAGGUAAUGAUGAUAAAUAUAAAGCUGUAUCAGUACAUUCGACAGAACCUCCAGCUCCUAGAGAAGGAAAAUCAAAAAAAUCAAUGCCUUGGGUACCUAGUUUACCAAAUAGUUCACAUUUGGAUGCUGUACCUCAAGCUACACCAAUUAAUCGUAAUAGAGUACAUAAUAAAAAAGUCAGAACAUUUCCUUUAUGUUUUGAUGACACAGAUCCAUCAGCAAAUUUAGAAAAUGCAGCACAGCAAGAAAUGUUAGUCCCAAUUCGUUUAGAUAUGGAAAUUGAAGGACAAAAAUUGAGGGAUACUUUCACAUGGAAUAAAAAUGAAAGUCUUAUAACUCCAGAACAGUUUGCUGAGGUGUUAUGUGAUGAUUUAGAUUUAAAUCCAUUAACCUUUGUACCAGCUAUUGCACAAGCCAUAAGACAACAAAUAGAGGCUUUUCCACAAGAAACAAUUUUAGAAGAUCAAUGUGAUCAACGAGUUAUAAUUAAAUUAAACAUACAUGUAGGCAAUACAUCCUUAGUAGAUCAAGUAGAAUGGGAUAUGUCUGAAAAAGAAAAUAAUCCUGAAAAGUUUGCAAUGAAACUGUGUGCUGAAUUAGGACUUGGUGGAGAAUUUGUUACUGCCAUUGCUUAUAGCGUACGAGGACAAUUAUCAUGGCACCAAAGAACUUAUGCAUUUUCUGAAGCGCCUUUACCCACUGUAGAAGUACCUUUCAGACCACCUUCAGAAGCUGAUCAAUGGGCUCCAUUUUUAGAAACAUUAACAGAUGCAGAAAUGGAAAAGAAAAUACGUGAUCAAGAUCGAAAUACCCGACGUAUGAGACGUUUAGCAAAUACUACACCUGGAUGGUAAAGCAUGUAAAUUACGAG